AGAGAGACGAUCUAACAAACUCAUUCAAGAAAAAUAACUUACUAUCCGACUGAACAAUGGCUUGCGAAGGAUUUGAAAUGACACUGGCUUUCGACUAUGCAUAUGACUCUGACAGUGCUGAAUAUGAUGAAAUGGACUGCUCAGAUCCACUUGCUAUGAGUGGGCGAUGUGACAUGCAUGAAGGCAUCAAUGUGGAGAUGUGGACGCAUCCUACCAACAGUUUGAAGCAGGUGGUGAACCUCAUUGUUGCUCUGAAGAGGAUGAAGCACUUCAAAAAACAGUCAUCUGACUUUGGGGAUGAUGAACUGCUCAGUAUAUUCAUGGACAAUGUGAUUGAAGAGCGGUGUGUGAGUGGGGUUCAGGAAGCGGCACAUACCAGAAGAGUACAAUCUGAAAGAACUUACAAUAAGAGCAGCCGGAUCUUGCAGUGCACUGUGUGUGAUCAGUUCCAAAAAAGUCUGGUGCGGAGUGGUGGAGCGCUUAAUUUGAAAGCUGUGACAUUGAAAGGAGGCAACACUCACCACAAAGUUCGAUUCAAUCUAUCAACGUAUGUAUCCACAAGUCUCAGUGUGACUGAUUCCCAGCCUGUGUGCCUGGAAAUUUCCAAGAGCAAUCUCUAUCUUGCUUGUACCAAGCAAAACCCAAAUGACAAUCCUACCCUGGUCUUAAAGGAGGUCACUGAUACCCUGAACACCAUCACAACUGAUGAUCCAAAUGGGCUCCUCUUCUUUAGGAAAGAGACAGGUGUCUCUGUCAAUACUUUUGAAUCGGUUAAAUAUCCCGGAUGGUUUAUAAGCACAGCCUAUGAUGAUAAUGAGGAAGUGACCGUAUGCCAGCAACAAGAUGACCGCAUCAACAGCUUCAAGCUGAAUGAUAAAGUGAUAAUCCACAGUUGAGAAUCAUAUUUGAUUCUGUAUACCCAUUUCCAGAGAGUAUGUACCAAGUACAAUGAAUAAUCUGGAUUUGUCUGUUUUAACUAUAAAUUGUAAGUUACGUAUAUACCUGUCUCUCACUGAAGAUCUGGAUUUCGAGAUAGGAAGAUCAGUUUUGAAAUGCUUGUUUUUUAAUAUAUAAAUGUGAGGAAUACAAUGUUGGCAUGGUAAAUGGUAAAUUCACAUUGAAUUCUUUGUCAGGUAUAAGUUUUUCUAUGUUACAUGUAUUAAUUUAACUAUCUAUUCAUAUUUAUUAUUUAUUUUUGAAUGAUUUAAAGUAUAAAUUCAAAUCAAAUAAAUUGUUUUUUUACACUUGAUCUUUGUAUUUGAUUUUGAAAUAAACU